AUGGAGUCGAUUGCCAACACAGAGUCGCAGUGGCUGUCCCAGCUGGCAGCCAUGCGCCAGGCCAUCGCCGAACUAAACCUCCCCAAAGAAUUAUCCCACGAUACGAUCAGCUACGGUAGCGACGUGGAUCUAGAUAUCGACGAUGACUACUCCUCACCGGGCACAGUUGAUGAUGUCUGGGAUAUAAUAUCUUCGGACGAUGAGACCACAGACGACCUUGAUGAUCUCACCGGCGCACCGCACGACCAACCUCUGCCAUAUGACCAGCAGUGGCUUGCAGCAAAAUGUCACGAGCUAUCCGCCCGGAACUCUACACUGGACGCCUCGGAGCUCACACAGCAGAUUGUCGCAACUUUGGCCACCGACAGCAACGAUACUGAGCUCCAAAUGUCAUUGGCGGAAAUUGUAGGCUUUGAUGAUUUGGAUCUGGUCAUUGAGCUGAUCGCCCACCGAGAGGAAAUUCUUUCGGACAAGUCACACCGGGCUGAGGCACAGACGGACGGACUGGCUGCUGGCAAACUCCAGACACGAGCUGAAAGGGAACAGGCCCUAUGGGAACGGGACAUCCAACACAAGAACGCGCCGUUGAUGGCUGCGCAGACUCGAUCCGAGCCCGUGUAUCCACAUGUGUUCAAAAGCCAUACAGCAGGAAACUUGCUCAGUGCAAGCGGGAAAAAGUACGGUCUACCGGUUGGUAGUGAAACGAUCGAGGAGCAGCGGUACACAGAAUAUGCGAUCCCGGCUACGAAGGUUGGAUCGAUCGCUCGAGACCAGAAACUAGUAGAGAUUUCUUCCAUGGAUGGGCUCUGCCGAGGUACAUUCAAGGGAUAUAAAACCUUGAACCGCAUGCAGAGUCUGCUAUAUGAUGUGGCUUACAAGACUAGCGAGAACAUGCUUAUUUGUGCACCCACUGGUGCCGGUAAGACAGACGCUGCUAUGCUGACAAUUCUCAAUGCGAUUGGCAAGAACACAGUGCCAAACCCAUUAGAUGAGCCGGAUUCAGAGGAAUACAUCGUGCAAGUUGACGACUUCAAGAUUGUUUAUGUGGCUCCCAUGAAGGCCUUGGCCGCUGAGGUUACCGAGAAGCUUGGCAAACGUCUGGCCUGGCUGGGUAUCAAAGUCAGAGAAUUGACUGGUGAUAUGCAACUGACCAAACGGGAAAUUGUCGAUACCCAGAUCAUUGUCACGACCCCUGAAAAAUGGGAUGUUGUGACUCGCAAGAGUACUGGCGAUACGGAACUUGUGCAAAAAGUACGACUACUUAUCAUCGAUGAGGUCCAUAUGCUUCAUGAUGAACGGGGUGCUGUCAUUGAGUCUCUGGUUGCACGAACCCAACGCCAAGUUGAAAGCACACAGUCCUUGAUUCGGAUUAUUGGCCUUUCUGCGACCCUUCCCAACUACAUUGACGUGGCCGAUUUCUUGAAAGUCAACAAGAUGGCUGGCUUGUUCUUUUUCGAUUCGUCUUUCAGACCAGUGCCACUUGAACAGCAUUUUAUUGGUGUCAAAGGCAAGCCCGGCUCUAAACAGUCGCGGGAGAAUAUUGACAUUACCGCCUAUGAGAAAGUGCGUGACAUGAUGGAAAGGGGCCACCAGGUGAUGGUGUUUGUUCAUUCUCGCAAAGACACUGUCAUGACAGCACGCAUGUUAAAACAAAUGGCUGCCGAAGACGGCUGCGAGGAUUUGUUCAGCUGCCACGACCACGAAAAUUACUCGAAUGCUUUACGUGACAUGAAGCACGCUCGCGCGAAAGAACUGCGUGAUCUUUUCGCCAGUGGAUUUGGGACGCAUCAUGCGGGCAUGAGUCGCAGCGAUCGUAACCUGAUGGAAAGGAUGUUCUCGGAAGGUCUCAUCAAGGUCCUCUGCUGUACGGCCACCCUCGCGUGGGGUGUCAAUUUGCCUGCGGCUGCUGUAGUCAUCAAGGGAACUCAGCUGUACAACCCGCAGGAGGGUAAAUUCGUCGAUUUGAGUAUUCUCGAUGUCAUGCAGAUCUUUGGUCGUGCUGGUCGUCCGCAGUUUCAAGACACUGGUAUCGGCUUUAUCUGUACAACUCAUGAUAAGUUGCAUCACUACCUGUCUGCCGUAACUGCACAGCAGCCGAUUGAAUCUCGCUUCUCCAGCCGAUUAGUUGAUAACCUCAACGCGGAAAUCUCUCUCGGCACUGUCACUUCUGUCUCCGAGGCUGUGCAAUGGCUCGGAUACUCAUAUUUGUUCGUUCGCAUGAAACGGGAGCCUCGAAACUACGGUAUAGAGUAUGCCGAGCUUCGUGACGACCCCAUGCUAGUUCAAAGACGACGUCAACUCAUCAUUCAGGCUGCUCGGACCUUGCAGAAGAGCCAAAUGAUCAUUUUCAACGAAAAAACCGAGGACUUGAGAGCCAAAGAUGUUGGUCGAAUUGCUAGUCAAUACUACGUCCUUCAGACCAGUGUGGAGAUUUUCAAUGCAAUGAUGCGUCCCCGUGCAGGCGAAGCUGAUGUUCUCAAGAUGAUCAGUAUGAGCGGAGAGUUCGACAACAUCCAGGCCCGUGAGACCGAGUCGAAGGAGCUGCAAAGACUACGGGAUGAGGUUAUUCAAACCGAGGUCGAAGGGGGCAAUGACUCACCGCAUGCGAAAACCAACAUUCUGUUGCAGUCGUAUAUAUCCCGUGCCAAGCUUGAAGAUUUUGCCUUGGUGUCGGAUUGUGGGUAUGUCGCGCAAAACUCCGCGCGUAUCUGCCGAGCGCUGUUUAUGAUUGCACUGAACCGCCGAUGGGGCUACCAGUGCCAGGUCUUGUUGUCUCUUUGCAAGUCUAUUGAAAAGCAAAUCUGGCCAUUCGACCAUCCCUUUCACCAAUUUGAUCUGCCUCAGCCGAUUCUGCGGAACUUGGAUGAAAAGCUCCCAAGCUCGUCUAUUGAGUCGAUGCGAGAAAUGGAUCCUGCCGAGAUUGGCGCACUGGUACACAACCAAAAGAUGGGAAAAGUGCUCUCGAAGCUCCUGGACAAUUUCCCCACCCUUAGCGUCGAGACUGAGAUUGCUCCGCUAAAUCGCGAUGUCCUCCGUAUCCGCCUUUCUAUCUACCCAGAGUUCACGUGGAAUGAUCGUCAUCAUGGAACAUCUGAAUCUUUCUGGGUCUGGGUAGAAAACUCAGAGACCUCUGAAAUUUACCAUCACGAGUACUUCAUAUUGAGUAGGAAGAAGCUUUAUGACGAACACGAGCUGAACUUCACUAUCCCGCUAUCUGAUCCUUUACCUAGCCAGAUUUAUGUGCGACUGAUCUCUGAUCGUUGGCUUGGUGCUGAGACUGUGAGCCCCGUCUCUUUCCAGCAUCUCAUUCGCCCGGAUACGGAGAGUGUGUACACAGACCUCUUAGAUCUUCAGCCUCUUCCCAUUUCGGCUCUCCAGAACCCCAUUCUGGAAGAGCUAUACGGGCAGCGAUUCCAGUUCUUUAAUCCCAUGCAAACCCAGAUUUUCCACCUGUUGUACCACACACCGGCGAAUGUUCUGCUUGGAUCUCCCACCGGUAGUGGGAAAACAAUCGCAUGUGAGCUUGCUAUGUGGUGGGCUUUCCGCGAAAAACCUGGGUCCAAAGUUGUUUACAUCGCCCCCAUGAAAGCACUUGUUCGGGAGCGUGUCCAAGAUUGGCGGAAACGCCUCACCGGCCCCAUGGGAUUGAAGCUUGUCGAGUUGACGGGUGAUAAUACCCCUGAUACUAGGACUAUUCGCGACGCGGAUAUCAUUAUCACCACCCCUGAAAAAUGGGACGGUAUCUCGCGUAGCUGGCAGACUCGUGACUAUGUGAGAAAGGUCAGUCUCGUCAUCAUUGACGAGAUUCAUCUGCUGGGUGGAGACCGCGGGCCAAUUCUAGAGAUCAUUGUCUCUCGAAUGAACUACAUUGCCUCCCAGUCUAAGGGAUCUGUUCGUUUGAUGGGAAUGUCUACUGCGUGUGCCAAUGCUACUGAUCUGGGCAACUGGCUUGGCGUCAAAGAAGGCCUGUUCAACUUUCGUCACUCCGUUCGCCCGGUUCCUCUAGAGAUUUUUAUCGACGGCUUCCCAGAACAACGUGGCUUCUGUCCUCUCAUGCAGUCUAUGAAUCGACCUACUUUCCUUGCAAUCAAGAACCAUUCGCCAGAUAAGCCAGUCAUCGUCUUUGUUGCAUCGCGAAGACAAACGCGGUUGACUGCCAAGGAUUUGAUUAAUUACUGCGGCAUGGAGGACAAUCCUCGCCGCUUUGUACGGAUGUCCGAAGAGGACCUGCAACUGAAUCUCGCUCGGGUCAAGGAUGACGCUUUGAGAGAGGCUCUUAGCUUCGGAAUUGGCCUGCAUCAUGCCGGUCUGGUCGAAUCAGACCGACAACUUUCUGAAGAGCUGUUUGCUAAUAAUAAGAUCCAAAUUCUGGUUGCGACGUCUACUUUGGCCUGGGGUGUCAACCUUCCAGCUCACCUUGUCGUCGUCAAGGGCACUCAAUUCUUUGAUGCCAAAAUCGAAGGAUAUCGCGACAUGGACUUGACCGACGUACUUCAAAUGCUCGGCCGCGCCGGUCGUCCGCAAUUCGAUAAUUCUGGUAUCGCGCGAAUUUUCACACAAGAUGCGAAGAAAGCUUUCUACAAGCACUUCCUCCACACUGGCUUCCCUGUGGAAUCUACUUUACAUAAAGUCCUGGACAACCAUUUGGGUGCCGAGGUAUCCGCGGGCACAAUCACAACCAAGCAGGACGCACUCGAUUACUUGACCUGGACGUUCUUCUUCCGUCGACUUCACAAGAAUCCCUCAUACUAUGGCCUCGAGAUCUCUGCUGAAGAGCAAAACACCACGGCUGCCCAGGCUAUUGCCCAAGACUUCAUGGUUGACCUGGUGGACAAAUCUCUGGGGGAUCUAGCCGAGUCCUCUUGUGUCCUUGUUGACUCUGCGACUGGCGAGAUAGACCCAACGCCAUUUGGCAAGAUCAUGAGUUACUACUACUUGUCUCACAAGACGAUUCGAUUCCUCAUGGCUCAUGCCAAGCGGGAGCCCACAUUCCACGAUGUCCUGUUCUGGAUGUGCUCUGCUUCUGAAUUCGAUGAGCUCCCGACGCGACACAAUGAAGACCUUAUCAACGCUGAGCUCGCUGAACAUUUGCCGCUAUCCACCGAGCCAAUGGGCAAUCUGCCUAUGUGGGAUCCUCAUGUCAAAGCGUUCCUGCUCUUGCAAUCUUAUAUGUCGCGGAUUGAUCUUCCAAUCUCGGAUUAUGUUGGUGAUCAGACCUCUGUUCUAGACCAAGCAAUCCGUAUCAUCCAGGCUUCCAUCGAUGUCAUGGCCGAACUUGGGUAUUUCCCCGCAUGUCGAAUGCUGAUGACGCUCCUGCAAUGCAUCAAGUCUGCCCGGUGGCCUGAGGACCCCCAGCUGUCGAUUCUCCCCGGCGUAGAAGUCGAGAAGCCUCAGCGCGGCUUGCCAUCUUCUCUGGUUGCUCUGUCUUCUCAGUCUUCCUCUGCAGUUGCCUCCUUGGUCAACAAGUUCAACUUGCCUCCUUCCUUUACCCGAGCAGCUUCUCAGCUUCCUCAUAUCUCUUUGGCUGUCGCUGAUGCCUCCCCGAAGGGCAUUGCAUUGACCUUGACGAGGCACAACGUGCCGACCAAUCCAGACCACCGGAUCUAUGCCCCCCGUUUCCCGAAGCCACAAACCGAAGGGUUCUUUUUGGUUGUUUGCAGUGCUCAUCCUGAUGGUACUGAUGGGGAUCUCCUGGGCUUAAAGCGUGUCUCAUGGGCCCCAGCCACCAAACAAAAUAACCGCCAGCAAGGCGGCGCUGGUCCCAGCCGGAAUGGGCCAAAUGAAAAAGAUAAGAAGGGUGGCAAGCUCACCGUCCGAUCUUUAGUCAAGUUCCCUCAAGGCGCCCUGGCUGAGUCCUCAUCCGUGACGACUUCCGGGACUGCUCGAGUCAAUGUCAAGCUGAUCAGUGACUCGUACAUUGGAAUGCAGUGGAAUUUGUCUAAUGUGGAAGUUUCCAUUGGCUCCGAUGCAAGUGCACAGCUGAUCGAAGAGCCUAGCGCCCCUGUCAAAGAAUAA